GUUAGCACCUAUCAACUCAUUAAAAUAUCCGUUAAAUUCAGAUUACCCUAUAUUUAUCUAAAAUUAAAAUUAUCUGGUCUGAAAUUACUAAAAUACAAUUUUCUAUCCAGAGCAUUUGGCAACAUUGUGUACUAUCCUCAAUUUUUGACAAUUCAAUUCUGCAGGAAAUAUUUUUAUAAGUCCUGCAAGGUCCUGCAGAUAUAAACAAAUAGUAUUCUCUUAUUUAUUAAUUUAUUUAAUAUUGUUAAAUAGCGACACUCAUAAAAUAAAAUAAUUUUCAAUUAUAUUCAGUGAUACAGUUCAAAUUUUCAGCUUCUCUUGUGAGUAGCCAUUUAUUCAAUCAUUUUAUGACUGGUUUUAAAGACACAAAUUAUGGGGCACUAGUCUCUUAAUAGCCCCUUUUUAGCAAAUGAAUUGUGAACUAAUUUGAUAUAAUGUUUAUCCUCUCUACGAGUGUAAUUGUAAUACUCAGUGUAAUUGGAUCUCACUGUGUUGAUCAGGAAACUGUUAAAAAUGAAAGGGUCAUAGAUAAAAGUUUGGAGCCUAUAUUUGCCUCUGACUUAGACUCCUUCCCACCAGAUUUGGAAUCAGUGGAAGAAACCAUAAUUAAUGCUUAUACAAAUGUAACAAUACAAGACAGUACCAAUACUACAAAUGGGACAAGCUUUAAGUACAUCAAUUGUUUAAAAGGCUUUAAUGGAUCAUCUGUGCAGCUUGUGAAUGACACAGAACUGAUAAAACUUUUAGUGCCAGAUGGGAAGAUCUCUGUAGAAAAAGAUUCACCUGCAGUUUGCAUUGCAGUUUUAUUUUAUUCAAAAAAUUGUCCGUUUUCUAGUAUGGCAGCACCACAUUUUAAUGCUUUACCUAGGGCAUUUCCGGACAUAAGAAUGGUGGCAAUCAAUGCAAUGCGAUACCAUCUAUUUAACACACAAAAUGGUAUUGUUGGAGUACCUACAUUGCUGAUUUUCCAUAAUGGCAGACCUAUUGCUAGAUACAGUGGCGCUGAAUACAAUUUAGAAUCAUUCAUGAGCUUUUUUAAAAGACACACGGGUAUAGAGCCAGUCAAGAAUUCAGUAGUUACUUCAUACGAUUUUACUGGACCUGUUAUUAGUUCACCUGCUAAGGAAUCUGACAUGUUUUUAAUAAUAUCUUGGCUUUUCAUAAUUAUUUGUUCUUGUUACUAUUUCUCCAAGUCAAAGGUGUGUAAGUGGGUCAUAGAAACAAUACAGAGAAAUUGGAGAGAAUCUGAGCAACACAUACAACAUGAACAUAUAGAUUAAAAUCAUAUUUAAAUGUACUUAAUUAUAGUUUCUUGAAUGUAAAUAAAGGGUAUAUUGGUAGUAUUUCA